AUCUCAAACAAAGGUGGAAAGCGUAUUUCUAAACACACCUGGAAGGUUUGGCAAUAGGCAAAUAAAUAAAUAUUUAAGUUUUGAAAAACAAAACUAAGCUAAAUAUUAGCUCGCGUUUUUCAAUAAGCAAGCAUCUUAAUACAAAACGACAUAAGUUAAUCAAGUUGGCUUAAAACUUCAGUAUUGUUUACUACAAUUUAUCAAAUAGUAUCAAAGUGACCACGUCACAACGAUUACUUUGUGAAACCUGUAUAGCACGCAGCAUAAAACAUGAGUUCGAAAGUAACUUUCAAAAUUACAUUAACAUCGGAUCCUAAAUUGCCUUUUAAAGUACUCAGCGUACCAGAGGGAACACCAUUCACGGCAGUGCUGAAAUUCGCAGCGGAAGAAUUCAAGGUGCCAGCAGCAACCAGCGCAAUAAUAACAGAUGAUGGCAUUGGUAUUAGUCCACAACAAACAGCAGGCAAUGUAUUCUUAAAGCAUGGUUCAGAACUACGACUGAUACCUAGAGAUCGUGUCGGAAGCGCACAAUAAAUGUGAUGGGCAAUAAUUGCUGAUUUUUUAUUAAAUUAUGUUAGCUUAACUGUAAAACAAAUUUUUGUACAAUACCCAGCUAAUAUAGCGACUAACAAUAUUCUAUCACCUUCUUGUGGAUUUUUCAGAAUUUAUGAAAUUUGUGUGAAACAUAAUGAGUUACACUAUUGCUUUCCAAUAUUAUAUAGGAAUAACAAUUUACUCAUAAGAGUUACGCCAAUAAAAUGAACACAUAAGCGAUUAUAUACAAUA